GGGUGGCAUGGCGGAGAAGGAUGACACCGGAGUUUGACGAAGAAGUGGUGUUUGAGAAUUCCCCACUCUACCAGUAUCUGCAGGAUUUGGGACACACAGAUUUUGAAGUAUGUUCAUCUGUGUCACAGAAAGCAGAGCAAUGUGCAGCAGCGGAAAGCCAAAGAGAGCGGACUCUGCAUGCUGCCCAGAAACAAAACAUCCUAUCAAAACUAGUUGAGUUCUUUAGAAGUUGGUUUCCUCUUCCACAUUGUAAGAAAAAUGAUGAUAUACUUCACCGACUGGAUGUUGGAUUUCGAUUUGACACGCUCCGUACCAUCCUGCAACAGGAAGUUCUGCUGCAGGAGGAUGUGGAACUGAUUGAGUUCCUUGACCCCAGUAUCCUGUCUGCGGGGCAGUGUAAGCAACAGGAAAACAGACAGCUUCCAACGCUACGCUCCCUAGCAACUCCUAAUAUUUGGGAUGUCUCGCUGCUUCUUGCCUUUGUAAGUGCACUGCUUAUGCUUCCCUCAUGGUGGAAGGAAUCAUCGUGGCUGCUAUGGGGACCAGUUCUGCUUGUCUAUGCAGUCUUUCGAGUGUGGGGCACAUGGAGGACAGCCAAGCUGCAAAUGUCCCUGCGAAAAUACUGUAUCCAGCUGGAAGAAACAGUGGCAAAUAGCCGAGCUUUUACUAAUCUCGUGAGGAAAUCUCUACGACUCAUUCAAGAGACUGAAGUAAUUUCCAGAGGAUUUACCCUUUUGCUUGACAGGGUCAGUGCCGCUUGCCCAUUUAAUAAAGCUGGACAGCAUCCUAGUCAGCAUCUUAUUGGUCUCCGGAAAGCUGUUUAUCGCUCUGUCAGAGCCAACUUCCGAGCUUCAAGACUGGCUACUCUGUACAUGCUGAAAAACUACCCUCUGAACUCGGAGAGUGACAACGUGACCAGCUACAUCUGUGUAGUUCCCUUUAAGGAGCUGGGUCUGGGACUGAGCGAAGAGCAGGUCUCUGAAGAGGAGGCACACAAUCUAACUGAUGGCUUCAGCUUGCCUGCACUCAAGGUCCUCUUUCAGCUCUGGGUAGGGCAGAGUUCAGAAUUCUUCCGGAGGCUGGUGCUGCUCCUCUCCCCAGCCAACGCAUCCCCCAAGCCCUUGGUCUCCCCUGAACGGCUGCCUCAUCAUAUUUUGUCUGAUGUGACUCAAGGCCUACCUCAUACACAUGCUGCCUGCCUGGAGGAGCUCAAGCGAAGCUAUGAGUUUUAUCGGUACUUUGAAACUCAGCAUCAGUCGGGGUUCGAAUGGCCAACCAGAACAAAGCAGAAGUCAAGAGAGCUGAACAGUCUUCAGACAGCAGUACGCAGCUUGCAGCUUCAUCUCAAGGCACUGCUCAAUGAGGUAAUAAUUCUUGAGGAUGAACUUGAAAAACUUGUUAGCACUAAGGAGACACCUGAGUUGACAACAGAAGCCCAUCAGGUCCUGGAACAGAAACUGAAGUUCAUUCAGCCUCAUAUGCAGGCAAGCAACAGCUGCUGGGAAGAAGCCAUUUCUCAGGUGGAAAAAAUGAGCGGAAGAAACCCAAAUAAAAAAGGCAAACCCGAAGUUUCCUGUGACAGCCUACAGCGUACUACAGUACCUUUAACACAGCCUGCCAUAUACAUAGAAAACAAAGAUCCAAUCCCUGAAGAGCAGGAAUUGGAAGCAUAUGUUGAUUAUUCAGAUACAGAGAAUGAAUACAGAAGGGAAGAUUUUUACUGCUUUUCCCAGGAAGAAAGAGAGAGACAAGAACGAGAGAGACAGGAAUCUAAGAGGGUGUUACAAGAAUUGAAAUCUGUGUUGGGAUUUAAAGCUUCAGAAAUAGAAAGACAGAAAUGGAAACAGCUGCUAUUCAGUGACCAUGCUGCAGUGAAACCCUUGUCUCCUGUAGAGCCGCUGAAGCUACUAAAUAAUUUGGAAUCACAUAUGAAUUCAGAUACAGAAAAGCAGGACUGCAGCCAAAGUUGUGAUAAAUCUGAAGAAAAAGACUCUAAUCCAAAAGAGAAUGCUGCUGAUAAAAGCAGGACAGAAUAUUUGUAUGAAAAUCCUGAGACGGAGAGAAAAAAAGACAGUACUGCUGAUGAAGGUAUUUCUACAGGAGCUGAAGAAAGAACGUGUUAUCAGCAUGAAGGGGAAGCUGAAGAACUCAAGCAGACCAGUGUGGAUGGAGUAGAGGUUUCACAGUCUCCCUCUGAGGAUGCAUUACAUUCAAAAAUCAAGCAUAGGCUGGCCCAGCUCCACAUAUCAACAGAUUUAAACUUCACAUCUGGUCUGGCUGCACAAGUUGCUGCCAGGUCUUUCACUUUUACUACAAUGCAAGAAGAGACUUUUGGAGACGAGGAGGAAGAGAAGACACAGGAGUGUGAAGACCUGGUAGAGGACUGUAAGAAUGAAGAUAGAGGCUCUGAAAGUGAAGGCAAAGUGUAAGUCUGAGCUGAACUUUGUUAAACAACAUCAGGCAAUUUGACAGAAAAAACUAAGGUGGGAAUUUGAAGAUGAAAAUACUGGAUGGAAAGAAAGGAGACCUAAAUAUAAUACAUCUUGUUCCCUAAGUCUCAUACACUACAUAGGACACUUCUAAGUAUAUUGAAAAUUUGCAGGUAAGAGAAGUUUAGGCUGCAUCUGAAAAACAGUUGACUGUUCCCCUUUUUAAGAUCCUAGUGGAGGUUUUGGAAUUUACUUUUCUGUUUUCUGUUUUAUUUAUUUAUUUUAUAAUGUAUUGUGGGGUUUUGUUUCUUAAAAGAAAGAAAAUCAAGGUCUUGAAUUACAUCAGACUCCAGGGUUUUUUUGCUCUCUGGUUCUGUUGUUGUGGUAUCAAUGUUUGCUCCAACAGAAAAGCCAGGACAUUUCUAUUGGAAGAACCUGAACUGUUCCCUGUGAUCUCCCACCACCACUUUUGUUUCACUUCUUGUGUCUGCGGUGCAUUGGCUAAGCUACUGUAGGCAUUUGUGAUUCUGUGGCUAGUGAUGUGGCUCCCAACAAAAAUGUAGAAUUUUAAAUAAAAACUUGAAAGAGGUAGUAUUUGAUGUGUCCUGGGGUAUGGGGCUGAAAUAGUGUAGUCAUGCUUCAUAUUAAGGUUUACUUAGAAUUUUAUGAAGGGUUAAUAAAUAAUUUUUACAAGUUGUAAUUCAUGUUAGAGAAAUGUGUACUAUGUACUAGGGAGGGCUGUAAGCACACCAGUAGAAAGUACUACAGACAGCUAGAAGCUAUCUGUUGGAUUGAUAAUAGAUGACAAGUAAAUACCUAUUUAUUAAUACAGCUACUAAUUAUUUGUUAACCUUUUGUAAACUGAACCUUAAUAGAAUUGUUUCAUUUGAUGUAAUGAUUGAUUGUACAUUUUUGUUUAUGUCCUGAAGUAAUUUUCUUACAGCAAAAUUAAUCUGAGUGCUUUACAACACACAGUAUUUUGUUUAAACAGCAUACUUGGUU